AUGGUUGUCAUACCACCAAUUCCACAAUUAUCACGAAGUCCAAGUAGUAAUGCUGCAGCGUCUGAUCCUGUUUUGAGUCGUGAGAACAGCCAGGGAAGCCUCUUGAUUCCAGAUGCUUUAUCAUUAGUAUCUGCAUAUCUGAAUCAUCUGAGACGUAACAACUCGCAAACUUCUGGAAAUUCCAUGGGAAAUGAGCAAGAAUGUGGCCCUACUAGAGAGAAUCAGAUCCCAACACAAUCUCUUUUGGAUAGGGUUGUACAAACUAGAAGGCAACUGUUGAUUGGUGAAAUGGCGCAAUGCUUAUCUAACAUCUCAAUGGUGCUUGAGGAUCGUUUAAAUCGUAGAGAUUCAUCAUCACAAAUAUUGCGCCAAGAGAGAGCAACUGAAUCAGAAACCCGCUUGAGUAUUGUAGGGAAUUCACUCAUUCAGCUAGGCCAAAACAUCUCAAGAAUUGGCAUGGGAGAAAGACCUGGGAUUUCUGUUGUUCAUCGCUCACUGAUAGAGAUACCUCAGUCUUCGCUGCAAACAAGUAAUGGAGCAGGAAAUUUACCACUUGUAACUAUCCCAAGAGAUGCUGUGAUAAGAAGUCUUAAUACACUUGAGUUUCUUUGGCCAUCACCGAGAAGUCAACAACAUGUCCGAUUAGCAGGCGGAGCAGUCAAUACCUCCUCUCCUCAACAAAACACAGAGGAGGAGCUUACAGAUUCAGAUUCAGAUUCAGAUUCAGAACGUGAGAUGGAGGAGCUUACAGAUUUAGAUUCAUCAGAUUCAGAACGUGAGAUGAGCGAAUGAAAUUAGUGGUGGCAAAGAGGCAAUCAGAGGUGUAAAGAGAAGCUCUUAUACUUUCCAUUUGGAAACUAUUGUUUUUCACAUUAGAAUACAACAUUGAAAGAGUCUUUCCUUUUGUUUCAUGAUACGUACAACAACACUUUUUUUCUUUUUUAAGUCAAUAGCAACAAACUUUAUCCUUUACU